ACAGUAACAGCAACAACAACAACAGUAAUAACAGUAUACGAAAUGAUUGAGAGUCAUUGUUCCAUCUUAUUGAAAUGGAUUUAUGGAAGUUUAUUAUUUGUUAUUUUAAUCAAUACAAUUGUAAUUCCAACACGUGGUGGAAUUGCAUCAUUUUGUUCGGAACCUGAAACAGUAUGUACAGUAUUUCGUCCAUGCUGUGGAAGGGAUUGGGUAUGUAAUCGUAAAAGUUCUGCUACUGGUAAAUGUGUUCAGUGUGCACAUGCUAAUAGUCCAUGUGUUCAUGCAAAUGAUUGUUGUCGAGGUGCAUGUAUAAAAGGUUCAUGUAAACUGAUGAGUUUCUUUGGUGAAGAGUGAAAACGGUUAUUACAGAUCAGAUUUAUUUCUUCAAAAUAUCAUAUUUAUGGAUAAUAAUAAAAACAACAUUUCUAUAUACAUGGUACUUUGUUU